GCAGUUUGUUGUGGGAUAUACGUUAGCUAGUAGAAAUGCGUCAACGUUAGUUAGUUAAAGUUGCCGCUGUGGCCGCAGAAAUGGACCUACCGGCUUCAUAUUACGGGAAACUUGAUAAAAGAAACCCAGUUGUUGUAAACGCUGAACGAGACAUUAACUCAUUUAUAACCCUGAUGAGACGGGUCGCUUCUUCCACCAGCCAUGACAACGGCUCUUAUGCUAAAGGGAUUAAAGUCUUGGUGGAGAUAUGGAAAAAGUACAAACAUCGAUUGCCUUCGAAGAUGUACCAGGAGCACAUGUUGCAGAUUGCAGAUUUUCUCUUUGGGAUAAAGAUGUACCAGCUCGCUCUUUGGCAGGGCUACAGUCUCCACCUGCUGCAGUUCAGCUCAGUAAAUAUUACUGACAUCACAGAUGUGGACCACUUCAUGGCCUGCUUCUUCCCUGAUGGUUUUGAUACAGACCAAGAUACCUUUGCCAUGAAGAUACGUGCCAUGCAGGGCUGGGCCUUGUGUAUAUUUGAGCAGGAGAAAAAGCACAGCGUUCUCAGCCAGGAGGGACUCUGUAAACUGCUGGAUUUGCUGAAGUUCAUCAGGAUCAUGAUGCAGGCAUUUCAGCAACAUGAGCACCUCUGCUGGCAAUUAUAUAAUGGUUCAUUACACAUAUUCAAUAUCUGCCGUUACCUGAUGACCAUGAAUUGUAGUGCACAGGCAUUGGAGUACCUUCUGUGGGCAAGCGCCAGUUUAGAGCUGUCCAUCCCUCUGAUGACCGCUGAGUAUCUGCCAUGGAUUGUCACUCUCUACUGUGCCGUCUGCCACUGUUACUAUGACAACCAGGCUGCUGUGCAGGCGGAGGAAUUUGCCAGGAGAGCCCUUGGAAAAAUCAAUGAGCUAGCAAAGCAGGAAGUGCAGAAUGAAGUUCCCACCACCAGAGAGACUCAGAGAGCCUUCAAAGAAGCCUCUAUCAAGCUGGAGGCCAUGAUAUUCAAGCGUGCAGUCUAUGAGGUCAAAAGGAGACCCAAAAACAGAUUCAAAACCAAAAGUACCCUGAAGGACAUACCCAGUGCGCCAUGGCCCCGCACCACAACAGAGCGCAUGCUAAUGGGCCUGUUUGACAGCAGUGCAGCGCAGUUCUUGAGCAUUCUGGAAGCACUCUGGGACAGCACCAGAUGCCCACUGCAGAUGAAGAUGCCAGAUGAACCAGAGCUGCAGGAGGUGAUCCUGGAGCUCCUGUCUGCUGGCGUCAGUAUAUUGUCUGGAAAUACAGCUUCUAGUGAGUCUCUUAGUGCGCUGACACCAGCAGCCACUCUAAUGGAUUUAGCCAUUUCAGGAGAAAACAAAGUACCCAUCUUGUCUGCGGUGAGGUUUAUUAAGAUGUUGCUUCAGUACAAGCAGCCAGAUGCUUUCACUGAACUUGCCAGAGAGAUGCUGCAGGUUUUGUCUGGUGUGGAGGGGCAGUCAUUCAGAAGGGCCGAGCUGGAGCUUGCUUUACUUGACAGUUUCAACAGUCUGCUGUCUUCCCAGAGGAGCCAUCCUAGAGAGGACAACAUGACUGAUGACAGACACAAGUCUUCAUUCUCAAUGAGCGAUGAGUUCCUUGUCCUGGUAGACACCCUGCACAAGUCUGUUUGUCGCUCUGCUCCUGAGGUGCAGCCAGAUGGAGACCUGGUUUUGGAUGUUUUGUUAUUUCUUUGGGGUAAAGUGAAGCUGGUGAUCCAGAGGGACCAGCUGCAGAACCAAAAAAUUACAUACUGCCUUGAGAAGAUAGAUAAUUACGACAAGUGGCUGUGGUGUCUGUCAGUGCUGUGUGAGGUGGCCUUUGCUUGUGACCUGGCAACUGUUGACUGCAUAAUGACAGCAGAGAUGAUACACACAUUGGCCAUACUGCUGGAGAGUGCAGCUGAAUGCAGUAAUCAGUGUCCAGGAGCUGGAGAAGCAGACUGUGAGGGUGUGAAACCAAGCUCGUUCUUUAUACUUAAGAGUUCAAGUACAGAGCUGCUUCAGAAGGUGUGUGAGGUGGCGGAGAGGGGUAUUGAAGCUCUAGCAAAGGGUGCAGCUACACUGUUGCCUCGUGAUUGCUCAGCAAUCAUUGACUCUGCCUUCAUGCAGAAAUUUGGUCCCCUCCAUCCAUCGACUCCCUCUCUGUUGGCUCCAGCGUCAUCGGAAAAGGGAAAUGAAGAUGAUGAAAUAAGUGAGAAGGAAAAAGAAGUGGAAACUAAGACAGAAUCAGAUAUUAGAGGUGCUCAACGCACUCAGUCCACACAUGUGUUUCUGCUGGCCGCAGACCUUCAUCUAGAGCUAGACAUCAUCCACCACAGGGCUUCUCUCAAGUUACUGCAGCGAAAUGCAGUCACAGAGUCUGUGCUGUUGGAUCGGAUCAAGAAGAACAAGGUGUCCAAAGCUCUUUUCCUGAUCCAGAAAGCCUCGCUGGAGUACAACAACAUGGAGCCAAAUAACAGCAACAAAACCAAGAGUCUGCUCGAGGAGGCCUCCACUCUGAUAGAGAAAGCUGGGGUGGAAGAGAGAAGACUGUACAUCUCUACCACCCCUAAGACUUCAGCUGAAAGCAAAGAUGAAAGGAUAAAUGAGAAAGAGGAAAGCCCUCCGCCACCUCCCAUCCUGCUCUCACGCACUGACCACUCCUUUACCUUUGCCCCAGCACCUUAUAACUUCAAGGGACAAGUGUGCUGGUACCAGCUCUGCGGCCGUGCUGUUGGCGGCAUUAACCAGAAAGUCCGCCUCGCAGACUGCAGCCUGCCAGGAACUGGAAAUAUGGUACCAGCAGUAUCUGGUGAAUGCGUGCUGAAGGUGGAAGGCCUGGAGCCCAACCAGAAGUACGUGUUUGCUGUAGCAGCCUACAACAGUGAAGGCAAGCUACUGGGCAACACCAUAGGAGGGUCAACAGCCCCGCUGCUGGCAUCCUUGCCGGUACCACUGCUCUCUACAUGGACUCACUUGGCACAGGUGGCUUUCCAAACGGAGCAGUAUGCCAUCGCAAAGAGAGCCUGCAGUGAACUGUGGAUCCACUAUACCUACACCGACGAUGGGUCCCCCAGCUCUCAGGAUAGACUCGCUGUCAAAGGGCUGCAUGUCCAGACCCUGCGGUGCUCCUCUACUCACCUAUUACAGUUGUUCUUCACUUCCAUCUUCAUUGAGACGGAGAUCAACAUUCAGCAGGGAUCGCUUUAUUGUGACUCAUUCAGUGACAGUGGACCAUUUAUUUGGGAACAGGAAGCUAGACUGGCAGAGUGUGAGCGAAUGCUUGUUGCCAUGGACCUGGCAAUGUGGUUGAAUGACGGCAGCGCUGCCUUGCAAGCUGUAGCUAGCUGCUAUGGCCUCCUGGCACCUCUAAUCUUCCAUCAGAUCACUUGUGACCCUGUUGUUCAGGUGCUAAAAAAGUGCUUGAUAGUUUUGGAGGAGAAUUCAGGUCUUCUCAAACAAAAAUGGUCAGGAAACGCCACAGAGUCAUUUAUGCACAUGAUAGCCUGCAUCACUUACUACCUGUCCAAGGCAUCGCGUGUGCUCGGGGAGCAUCAGAUGGCCUCUAUGUUGAUGGACUGCGGUCGAAGGCUGCUUCAAGAGGUCUAUGAUGCCCAGCUGCAGAUCAGUAGACUUGCCAGUAAAGCUUCAAAGACCACAGAUCAUGCUACAAUCAAGGGUGAGCUGCAGCUGAAGGCACUGCAGCGGAAGAACAAGAAAAGAAUCACAUCUGAAGCAGCUCUCACCGCAGACAAUGAGACUGCACGCCCACUGACAGGCUGUGAGGAUCCCACCAAAUUGUAUGCUCUGAUUUCCAGCAGCUCACUGGAGGAUGCCUAUCAAGAUGUGAUUAAGCUCAGAUACAAGGCAUAUUUUACUGAGUAUGCGGCACUGCUCCUCCAGAGAGCCAUGGAAGAAGGCCCCCCAGACCUUGUGUUAAAGUGGGGGCAAGCCGUAUUUGAAUUUCUUUCCAGGCGUGACCACAUGAUGGGACUGUCCACAAAAUGUUCGGAGGGAAAAAGUCAGAAUAAAAGAAAAAGUAGUGCUCAGGCCCAGAAAGGAAAUGAACCAGCACAGCAGAACAAGAAAGCACCUUCACAUGAUGAUGCAAGAAAGAAACUAAAGCAGAAUAUGCCACAAAGCAUGCUUAAGAGACUGAGAACAAGCAGAGAAAUGCAGGUUGUGGAGAACCUGCUGAGCAUGAUGUCGUCUGUGGUGCAACGGCACAAGAACCAGCAUAAGCUGAGGAACGUGUGCUGCGAGGAGAGAGUGUGGAAGUCUCAGCUCAAUUACAGCAUGGCUGAGGCACAUUUAGCACAGCUGUACCAGGGUCUGGACCAGCUGUAUGGAGGAGCCCUGCAGCACAGUUACAGUCAGUUAAAUCCCUUGUGUUUCUCUCUGGCCUACUCUGGUGUCCUGGUGUGGAAGUCACAGCGACAGCAGUCCUCUAAAUAUGAGGUUACCUCAGAGCAAGACCCCUCUCACUCUGGUCUGAGGGAAUAUGUGGCUUUACACAAAGAGAGGAGCACAAAGGAGGCAGUCAGAGUGGAUGACUCUGUCACAGAAGAGAGUUGUGAGGACGGAGAGGACUCCUCUGGAACUGUGGAAGAGCAGAUUGAGACACACAGAGUCACUGCUGCCUCGCUGCUGGACUCACUUAACAAAGCUGCUUUACAUCUCAGAAGGGCCAUGGUGUUGGCACAUCGUGGCAGCCACUGGACCACUCUGCAGCGUGUGUGUCAGACUGUGUGGGACCAAAGCUGUAGAAUCAAUGUCCUAGAACAGGGAGUUGCUCAACUUGAACCUCCCUCCCCAAUCACAGCAGACCAACUGCACACCACCUUCACCCCACUACUGGUACUGGCCACUGACCUAAUCAUGGACAUGAUGAAGAGACUUGAGCUGUGGAGUUUGUAUGACAGUGACCUGACUGAGGAGGAGCUAGAGUCCAGUCUCCACUUCUCAUCCCCUCUGGAUAACAGCACACUGGUGGACCUGCGUUGGGUCUGCACCCUGGUGCUGCACACUCUGGAGCGUCUUCAUUACAGUGAAAAAUGGGAAAGCCUGGCCCACUUUGCCUUAGUUUUCAACUCACACACUCGAGAACGUUAUGCCUUGACCGUAACUCCUCUACUAGUCCAUGCUCAGAGGAGGCUGCUCGAAAGAAUUAGUUCUUUUGGAGGACCACCAGUUCCUCAACCACACCAUGUCAAGACACAGAAGGCCACUGGAAAGGAGGUAACUUACAGAAGCUACGCAGACUCCCAGCUGCUCAUUGGGCGGAGCCCUCACCCUGCACAGCAGCUGCCCAAUCGCAAAAAAGCAGCACUCACAAACUCUACACAACCAGAUGCAGUUGAUCUUAAAGAUUCAGAGAAACAGCGCUCCAUGUCCCUUGUUUGCGUUCCUCUGGAUGUGGAAGACACGCUGAGCUCUUACCGUCAAGCUCUUGAGAGAAGACCACAUUGUCUGCACGUCUUCCAGCAUAGCCGCUCAUUACUGCUGCUACUUCUUGCAUACACAAAUCCCUGCUUUGCGACACAGUUGCAGCACUGUCAGAGCAGAAGUCUCAGCCAUUCAGCAAGCCUGGUUGAUUUCAGCCCCUUAGUUUUGCCUACUCCAAACAUCCAACCUUGCAGCCUGACCGAGGAGGACUUCAGUACUCCAAAUGCUCUUUACAACAUUCCCAUCGGCCCUGACCACUUGCCAACUGUCAAAGCUGCAUACUCCAUCUCCAUUAAGUAUCUCCAGGCCAACAAUCAUGACUCCCUCAGAGUUCUGGCACUGCAUGAGAUGGGAAACCUACAGUUCUACAGUGGAAACACACGGGCUGCACACUCAUACUGGAGUAAAGCUGUAGACUGUGCCUUACAGUGCUCAGGUGCUGUAGAGAAAUGGGACGGUCUGUCAUUUGGGGGUGGCUCCCUACAACAAACUCUGCAACAGGCUGGCAUGUGGGGAUGUCUACAGGCCGCUGGGCUCACUGCCAAUAUUGCACAGUAUAUCUUAACGUCUGAUAUCAGCCAACGGACCAAGUGCUGUCUAAUGUCUGCACACCUGUUUAAGUGUGUCCUGUGUUGCUCACUGGCUCAGCCCCAGGCCGACCUCCAGUACGCCUCUCACACCAUCGAAGAUGAACUGCUCCCAGGAGUUGACCCGUUCUCUGAACCCCACAGGGUUCACCUUAGCACCACUGUAACCAGCCUUAACUUCGUCUGCCACUGGCUUUUCACCACAGGCUACUAUAUCACGCUGCUGCCCAUACUCGCCCUUUACCUUCAUUUUGUGGGGACUGUGUGCAGAGAUUUCCAACGCUAUGUUGAGGGCAGAAUACUUAAGAUGCGUGCCCUCACAGAACUGUGUCUGUUCACUGAAGCUGUAAAGGAGGCACUUCAGCUCACACAAGGAACAGGAGUCCGUCUGCCUCAUGGUUACAACAUUGCCAAAGACAAUCUCCAACCUGUGAGGAUGUUCUACAGCAACAAGUCUCUCCUGGACAAUUCUGAGGCUUUGGAGGAACUUGUGAACUGUGACUUUGCUCCAGAGGUCCAAACCCUGUAUGGAUCCACAUUGUGCCUCCGAUUCAACCUUGCUCGUGUUCAGCUCAUCCUGGCACUCAGUAACACUGUACAUAGCCCCUCUGUUCCAGAUGAUGCUGAAGGAGAAGCUUGUGCCAGCACAACAAGUUGUCGGGUGGACUCAGAACCCCAUGAACAGGACAGGCUGGACACUGAGGGCUCCUGUCUACAGACAGAAAAGCCAAAAGUGUUGACCUUUGAUACAGAGAAGGAGAAGCUCACACCAGAAAGGAUAAAGUUCAUUUUGCUAGAAGGAGCAUCCUCCUUGUUGCAUUCCAUUUCUCAGCAGCUCACUUCUCAGUCCUGUAAUGAAGUGGUUAACCUAGAACUGGUGAUAGAGUCCAAUCUUCUAAAGGCAGACCUAUACCUGCAGCAAGGACAUGCUGCACUUAGUUCUGAGACGGCAAUUUCAUCCUUGGUGCUGAUGGAGACGUCUCCUGUAAUCAUGAGAGGAAUCUUACCUGGCGCUCAGAAACCUGCGUCUGAGGUCCUACAUGCCCGGACUGGAAGUGAACGAGGUACUAAAGAUUGUGGUUUUUCAAACCCCUUGCAUGGAGACUGUCCCAGAGCAGUUGAGGCUGGUGAGAGAAUUGGAAUUCCUCUGUGGCUGCGGUGCCGCCUGGCUCUGGUCCGCAGCCUGGCUGCACAAAUCCCUGGUGCUGCUGCUCUUGUCUCAGGGAAGAACAUCAAUGAGGAGGCAGCUCAGGUGUUACAGGAGGGUCUUCAUGAAUGUGCACGAUGGGGAGAACUGGAUAUUCAAGCCCUUUUGAUGGUCGAAGGUGCAGAACUGGAAGCACAGAGAGGCAAGCCUGAUGACAGCAUGGCAAUGCUGCAGGGCAACGAGCUCUUUGACGAGGUUCUGUUCCUCUGUCACACACAAGACGACAAGAUAUAG